AUGAACUCAUUAGUCGAAACAUUUAACAAUUUUUGUCCUCCAGCAGUUAAUACCAAAGAAUGGCUCGACUCUUUUAACCCCUUCAUAAGCACAACAAGCUCACGUUGUAGUAACAAUACUGCUUUCUCUGAUAAAUCCGCAACUUGUCAAGAAUGUGGCAAACUUUACAUGGGUAAUAACUCACGUUCCAUUUUGAGACGUCACUUGGCACAAAUUCAUAAAGUAACAUUGCGCCGCGGAACACGCUGGGAUAGUAACCCAAAUCGUCCUAAAAAUGAUGAAGAAAGGCGUCAACGAAUGUUAGAGUCGAAACGAAAAUCGGCCCAAAAAUUAAGAGCAAGAAAAAAGGCUUCAAUAAAAAGUCUUGUGUUUUAA